AUUUCUUCUCUGGUUCCGGCUUCUCGAGUCGUCAAGGAAUCUUGCAAGUGCCUGAGUCCGGAGCCUAGCCGGCCACUGGAGCCUAAGCCUGGUUGCAUUAUUCCAAAAAUCAAAGGAUCUGGAUCCUCACCGUAGUAGUGGUGCUCGCGUUUGAUCAUCUCAGCUCCUGAAUCUGUAGCUGCUGAGCCAAUGGGACUGGAUAUGAAGCGCUGUGUGCUUUCCAUUACAUUGGCCCUGACUGUAUGCACAGUUAUUACCCUGGUGCUGACCUUCCUAGCCACUAACGCCACCCUUCCUCCAGGAACCAAGUUCGGUCUCGUGUUUGAUGCUGGUUCCUCGCACACAUCGCUCUUUGUAUACCAGUGGCCGUCGGACAAGGAGAACGACACCGGCGUGGUCAGCCAGACCAUGACAUGUGAUGUGGAGGGCGACGGCAUCUCCAGCUACGCUCGCAACCCAGAGGCGGCGGGAAGUUCCCUGCGGUCGUGUUUAGACGAAGCCGUGAAGUUGAUCCCAGCCGCACAACUGGCUCAGACACCGGUGUACUUGGGUGCGACAGCGGGGAUGAGAAUCCUCAGUCUGCAGAACCCAAAAGCUGCUGAUUGGGUUCUGGCUGAGGUGGCUAAGACCAUCCAGCAGUAUCCCAUGGAUUUCCGAGGAGCUCGGAUCAUCUCUGGAGCUGAGGAGGGAGCAUAUGGUUGGAUCACCAUCAAUUAUCUCCUGGAUAUCUUCACCAAGUAUUCAAUAAAGAAUGGAGGCUGGAUCCGUCCUCCGGCAACCAAGAUGCUUGGGGCCCUGGACCUAGGAGGGGCUUCAACCCAGAUCAGCUUCUUCCCCAGUGAGCCCAUUGCAGACUCAACCACUGCCUCCCAUUUCCGUCUGUAUGGCUUCAACUACUCCAUCUAUACACAUAGCUACCUGUGCUAUGGGCAGGCCCAGGCAAUGAAGCAAGUGAUCAUGAAGUUAAGCCAGAAGUUGCAGAAUACCCCUGGCCAGAUUGAGCAUCCCUGUUACCACAAGGGCUAUAAGAAGAACGUGAUGGCCCAGUCUAUCUACAAUAGCCCCUGCACAUCCUACCUGCAGCCAAGUGGCCUCAACUUGAACCAGGAGAUGACAUUGAUGGGCACAGGCAAUGUCACCAAGUGCCAGCAAGCCAUCAGAGCCAUAUUCAAUUUUACUACCUGUGGUCCCCAUUUUCCCUGUGCCUUCAAUGGUACCUACCAGCCCAACGUGAGCGGCCAGUUCUUUGCUUUCUCUGCCUUCUUCUAUACUUUUAAUUUCCUCAACAUCACCUCAGGGCAAUCUCUGUCAGAGGUCAAGAACAUCAUUGAACAGUACUGCCACCGGAGUUGGAAAGAUGUGACUGACAGUUAUCCCAAAUACAAGGAGCAAUGGCUGCAAGAUUACUGUGCUAAUGCAAAUUAUAUCCUCAUACUCCUCCUGGAAGGCUACAAGUUCUCUGAGAAGAGCUGGACCUCUAUCAGAUUCCAACAGAAAGCUUCAGAGACAGAAAUCGGCUGGACCCUUGGAUAUAUGCUGAACCUGACCAACAUCAUUCCGGUUGAGGCUCCUGUCCGGGUUCGGACCCAGAAGGAGGGGCCCUGGGUUGCCUCCAUCAUCUUCCUGGUGCUUAUCCUGGUGCUGCUGCUGGUCCUGCUGUGGGCAGUCUUCAUCUGAGGGUGCUCUCCCUGACUGGGCAGAGGCCCAACCUCAGGGAUUCGCCCUGUCCCUAUCAUCCUGCCUCUGGCUCAAGAAAGGGUCAUUUUCAGCCCCUGGCCCUGGAGGCCAAGAUGGCUGCUGGAUGGGGCAAGGAGGUGGCCCAUGAGCGCCCUGAUACUUCCCAGGUUUCCCACCUUCUGUGUCUCUUUCCUGUGUGAACCAUUCCACUCCACAUAUCAUUCUCUCUCAUGCCUCACUUCUCCCAUCAUUGCCAUUGCUUCGUUCCCAAAGGUCCCCUCACCAUCCUCCCAUUCUAUUUAUACCGUAGACCUUAGGGGAGAAAGGUUACGGGGUUCCCACGCAAUCAAGACCUGGCUUCCCCUGGGGGAGACCUUUCCUAAGACGCUAUAUACUCAUGUAAACACAUGUGGGGAUCCAGUGGAAUGAUGCUCUAAAGACCUGCACAUUGAGGGCUCAGGAUCCCCAUUUGGAAAUCUGAAUUAAAGUUAGGAUUGUUCCAGUCUA